CGCAAUGUGGCUGAAAAAGGAACGCGCUCUUUUGGGUUGGCCCCACUUAUAAACUAAUUACUAUAUAAAUGCUAAGCCUGGAUAGAAGCAUCUAUCGUAAAGACAUUCUUCUCUAAUUUUGUGGAACUGUAGUUGCUGGAGAGAGAUGGAGGCUGAUAAAAACGGCGGCUCAUCAGAGCACCCAAAUUGUUCAUAUGUUCUAACUGUAACAAGGAUACUGGAAGAAGAGAGCAAACAUAUGGUGUUAAAAACGUGUAGCCAAGUAUCGAAGAUGGCUAGGCGAGGAGUGCCAGUUACUGACGAUCUAAUUCGUAAAAUGGUAAUUGAGGGUUUUCAACCUGAUGCAGAGAGGCUUUGGUGCGAAGGGACUCGGAAAGAGUUUCCAGAGGAAAGGAGCUUACAGCUGAAGUUCUUAGUUAAUAAAGUAGCCGAUACUGUGACAGGGAAGGAGCUUAAAGGGUUAAAAGGUGAGUGCCUGAAGUUGGCUCUGCUUGAUUCGAACGGGCAUACUGUGACUCAUGGCCCUGGAUCUUCUGCAAAGGUGGAGAUACUACUUCUUGAGGACAAUGGUGGUGGUGAUGAAAGUAACAUGACUCAUGAAAAAUUUGAGACGAGCAUUAUUCAAACAGGAGAUAAGAAGAAGCCUCACAUUUCUCCUAAAAGUGGCGAUAUAUUUCUCAAGAACGGUGUUGCAGAUUUGAAAGGUAUCAAGUUGGGACACGACAAAGAUUGGAUCAAGGUGUGUAGCUGCAGGCUGGGAGCGAGGAUUGGGCAGAAUCUUGAAGGAACCACGGUGCAUGAAGCAUGGACCGCGCCCUUUGAGAUCAGAGAUAAGCGCCACAAACAGUAUGAGAAAGAUCCCUAUCCAUAUCUUACUUCUGAAGUUUGGAGAUUGACGGGAAUUGGCAGGAGUGGAAAGCGCCGUGAUAGACUGAGAGAGAAAUACAUCGAGACAGUGCAAGAUUUUCUGUUUUGGUACCAUGUCAAUCCUGAGGAGCUCCAAAACACAAUAUUAAAUGUCGGUGAUGGCAGAUGGAAGACAAUAGUGAGUCAUGCUCAGGCCUGCAAAAUUGAUCGUGAAAAGAUGUUUUGUCACAAAUCAUCGAGUGAACCUCAAAGAUGUGUUAUUUAUGAUUGUGUGGGAAAACUCAAGGGGGAAAUGAUAGAGUCCCAGUUUGUUGGGAUUGAUAAUAUGUGUGCUGAUAAAAAGGAUGAUGCACUCAAGUUACUGAGAUCUGUAUUACAAAGAGCCUCUGCAUUAUAUGAUGAUGAAAAUGAGUUUACAUGCCCAACUGGAUCAAAAGAAAGAGGAGAGGUGUCCAAACCUGAUGCUCAACUCACCCCUCUUCAUAAUUCAGAUAUUCUAGGAGACAUGCUAAGACUACCUCCGGAUCAGACAAGCGCGCAAGAAGAGGCUGAUGCCGAUAAACUGUUAGCAUCUGCUUGCCAGAAUUGGGGGCAGGUAAAGGCCUUUGAUGAUCAGAAUUCUCUUCAGCAGCACCUAGCUGGUUUGAUUCCAUAUAUUGGCGGAUCGAGCAGUAGUAUACAUUUGGACACUUCAUGUCACAGUUUCGACCCGAUGAUGAGCUUUCUUGGAGAAGCUUUCUUUGCAGGCGCUGAUGAGUUCAUGCGCGAUACCUUUGGUUACGAGCAUGGCCUAAUGAACGGGUGGAAUGCAGCAUCUGAGGUGGUUGAUGGUGAGAGAAAGGGAUGGAAAAUAUUGCUCAUUGUUUUGAAAUUUAGGAAGAGGGUGGUUUUAGAUGUUAGUCCAAUCAGAAAGAAAUCGAGAGUUGGUUAACGAUAAUGUUAUCAUGGAAGGGAAGGGUAGCAUUUAGAGUGCUGGAUUGUUGAACUUGAACUUGAACUUGUUUGAUCAACUGUAUGAUUUGAUUCAUAAUUUUUAAAUUGUGGAUUUAUAUUCUCUAAUCA